AUGGAUUCUGCAACGAGAAACGACCGCGAUUACGUGCGCCUUCGACUGACAUUCGUGUCUGGGCAAGAAACGACCGGCGUUCAGCGAAAAUGUCUGUACGGUUUCGAAAGGCGACGUCUCGCUACUGUCGAAGAUGUGAUCGCCGACGUGGCGCUAAAGUUUGGCUUGAGUCGCCAAAACUUGCAAUUCUCGGUUGAAGAUUAUGCUAUUCCGAGCUGGUGUAGCUCAAAGGUGUUAACUUUCGACGAGGAAGUAGACGUGAGUGUCGUGUCUUCUUCAGAAAAUGGUCAGCACGUUAAGGCCUUUGGCGAAUACGAUAAUAACAAGUCAGAAAUUCAAGGAGUUACUUCAGAGGUAAAAACGAAAGAGCAUAAGUCGACGAAUGUACAUUAUUUGGCUGUCGAAGACGAAGCUCUUGGCUUUGUUAAAGUGAUUAAAACGAAGAAGAGACGUCAUCACAACGAUGACGACGAUGACACGCUUAAAAUAAAAGAAACAGCGUUUCCGACCAGCACUCCAAUGAGCUCGAUGAACAACGGUCUGGCUUCGGAGGGUGAGGGUUCAGUUUGUACAGCGUUCACGGAGUCUUCGCCUGGUGCAGCAAUAAAGGCUAAAAAGGCACGGAAGCACAAGACGGCCAAGGAGAAAAGCGAUGACUUUCACGGUGCUUCUGAAAGUCAGGUCCUUGCAGACGCUGAUAUGUCGUCUGCCUCUCUGUCUGUUGUUGUGGCGCCAGCCACGUCCAAAAAUGUUCUCUACGAAGGUCCCCAGAAACCAGACUCGAUCGUAAAUAUCACCAGGAAAAAGAAGUCAAAGAAGUUCCGCCGUCGUCAAAAUGCUCAGGUAAGGGAGGUUAGUAGCGUGCUGAACCGACUGCACGAAGGGCAGAUUGAAACUGCGGCUGAAACGCCUUCGUCCAUUUCUACUGUGGUGGACACUGCCCAGUCGAAAUUCGAAAAUUUACCUUCCCCGCAAGGAACUGAAACUUCGAAAAAGUCAGCGGGCAGUGGUGGUGGUGGUGGCCACAUUCAUUUUAAAUCUUCAUCUUCAUCGUCUGAAUCAGAAGCAGAAUCAUCCGGCGGUCCAUCUUCCAUGGCAGUAUCUCAUGUCGUACGCUGCAGUCCAGAUUUUAAACCCAAGGUCAGCGACGAGAACGCGUAUUCGUAA